CACGUUUUGUUGUUUAUCUUUUUUUCUGAUGCAACAUUUUAGUUGAAAAGGUUAAUCAUUUUGAUUGUUUUUCAUUUUGAUUGAUUUAAUUGUGAUUUAUUUUAAUAAUGGAACCUGUAUCUGUUAAUACUACUCAUGAGAUUGUCGGUGAAGCUCGACGGACACGGAGGACGAUGAUGGAUAGUGCUUCAGAAUAUCCAGCAAUUGGAAUUGGUAUUAUUAUGGGAUUAGGAGUUGUCGCUAUGGGAAUCUAUAAAUGGCGUAAAAAUCCAGCGAUCGCCACAAGUGGAUGGUUACAAAGUUAUCGAGUAGGAUCUUCAGCCCCAGUAGUAGCUGGAGCGCUUAUUAGUGCGAUGAUGCAAACGCCUGAAAAACGAAAGGCCCGAAGAGAGAGAUACAUAGGAUAAUUAAGUAAAUAGAAGUAAACAAAUUAGCGAAAUUAUUAUUUUUCAAAUUUAAACUGUAAUUUAACUCAUAAAGAAAAAGAUUCUAACCAAAUUGUAACCGUAAGAAAAAAAAGAAACAAGAAAAAAAAAGAGAAAAGUCUAUUUAUCGAGCAGAAAAUGUUGAUUCUCAUUCUCUUAGUUGUUGAACAACUUUUCAAGUCUAAAGGUUGAGAGACUUGAUUGAAUUUGUUACCUUGAUUUUCAUUAAUUGUUUUUCCUCAAAUUCCAUAGUUAUUAUUAAUUGUUCCCUCUAAAUGAAUAGAUUAAAUUAAAGAUUUAACCAUGGAUUGGGAAACAGUUUCUCCCAAUUCGUUAGCUGCGGUCCAAUGCAAUCAAUUGUUUAUUCAUCCAAAUCUUAAUCAUCUAAUAUACUGUUUAAGUAGCUGUCAACUCUCAAAAACGGUCUGAAUCAACGUCAUCAUCAUCAUCAUCCUAAUCUUCAUCAUCAUCACAACAGUAAACUCAAUGAACGUUGAGAAAGAAACGAAAAUUGUAAAUUAAGAAGACAAAUCAUUUUAUAUUUUUGACGUUUUCUUUUGUCUUCCUUGUGUUAAUUUACUUUUCUCUCUAAAUCUUAAAUUGUUGGUACUUUUUCCCCAUUUUUCAACACCAAUAAUUAACUUGUACAACUUCUUGUUUUUCUAUUUCUUGAUUAAUGCGAUUUUAUUUCCUUCACCAGUAGACUAACAUUCACAUUCUGACGAUAUUUUUUUUCCUCUCUUUCUCCAUCAUCAUAAUAAUCAAAUUUCGGCUCAGAAUCGAAUGAGAAUUUUGUUCCGUUCAUCUCAAUCGUUACUUUGUUUCUCUCUGGUUGAUUUGUUUUCUUUUUCCUUGUGUUAAAUUGUUCCAUAAUUAUCUCGUUGGAAAUGAGUCGAUCUGAUCGAAGUGCUCAAAAUGUUAAACGUCUCCGGGAAUCUUUUAGACAAGAAUAUCUUGACAAUCAAGAUCUCUAUUACGAGGAGGAUUACCAGAAAUUGGAAACUGAUGAUUGGUACGUUAAGAGGUUUUUCUUAGCUCGAAAUCGUAAUGAAAGUGAAGCGCUCAAGAUGAUUAUUGAGACCAUGAGAUGGAGGAAAAGUAUAAAGAUUCGUGAAUUUCGUGAUUACCAUUUUCCAAUAGAAUUUUAUAAGAUUGGUGCUCUUUUCAUCUAUGAAUGUGAUCGUGAUGGUUUUCUCACAGUUUAUAUUCGGGUUAAAAUGCAUCGAAAGAUUCCCGAGCUCGAUGAUCAUUCGAAAAAGUUUUUAAUCCAUGUUCUCAAUAAAGCGGAUAUAAUGACGGGAGGCAAUGGAAUCGGUGUAGUAUUUGAUGUCACUGGUGCUGGUUAUCGUAAUCUCGACUGGGAUUAUCUUAAAUUUCUCAUUAAUUCUGGUUCGAGUUAUUUUCCAGUCGGUGUUAAAUAUAUUCUUGUUGUUAACGUUCCCUGGGCAUUGAAUGCAUUCAGAAGAGUAGCUCUCUCAUUCCUUCCCGCUUCCUGGUUUGGCCUGAUUAAAUUUGCCAAUGGUGAUGAGGUUUUCAAUUAUAUUGACAGAAAUUCAGUCCCUGAUUAUCUGGGCGGUAAUUGUAAACGUAACUUCAGAGCGAUUCCUCCAGGUUCACAGCCAGUUUCUCAAGUGAUUACCGAAUUUGGUUAUUCGCUACAAGACAUUGAUCGUAUUUUACCAGAAUUUUCCGAUGCCCUCGAAGAAGCGACAAAAGAACUGGAAACUAAAGAUUAUGUUAACCCAAGUCCCGAUUUCUGGGAUUCAUUGGAAGACGAAGAUCUGAAAGAAGAACAAGAACAAGAUCAAUCGACAAUUAAAAGAUCGGCCAAUUGUUUGGUUGUUAAUCCAUCUAAGAAUAUGAUGUUCCGAUAUGAUUAUUGUGAUCGCGCUUAUGUAGCGACACUUGUAAUGUCCAAUCCAUUGGAAAGUCCAGUUGCCUUUAAGAUCCAAUCAACGAGUCCAUCGAGAUAUACUGUUAGUCCAAGUCUUGGAAUUGUUUUACCAAAGAGAACAAUUAGUGUGACCAUUAAAUUUAAUCAACCAUCAGGGGAUGAAAUGAUUAAGGAUAAAUUCUUAAUCCUUGGAUUACCAGUAAAUCAAACUUGGUUAACAGUUGAAGAUUUUUAUCAUCUUUGGAUUAAACGUAAAGAUGAAAUUUAUUCCCAUAAAUUGUUACCACUUUUAGAUGAAGAUCAAGGUGAUGAUGGUGAUGAUGAUCAAGAUUAUCAAGAUAAUGGAAAUGAUAAAAUGUACAAACGUAAAUUAAUCAAAUCAGAAAAGGGAAUAAUCAAUGGAGGAAUUAAAAUCUCUUCUAAUUGUAAUAAACAAUUGGAUCAACAGAUGAGCAAAUUAACUGAAAGAAUUGAUUCACUUGCAACACAACAAAGGAAAACUUGGUUCUUCCUAACAAUCAUAAUGUCUCUCUAUUUUCUUAUACUCUCAUAUUAUGCCUUCGAUAUUGUUAAUAUAAUUCAAAAUUAUCACAAUUAAACAUCAAAUUCAUUAAAUCGAAAACAAUUAAAAUUGUAACGAAAAAAAAAAUCUCCAAUCAUUUCU